AAAUAGCGCCAGCUAAACAGCUGAUUGGCUAGUCCAAUCAGCAUUGAUCUAACUAGGAAGUCAUGCAGCUUUCAUCAACUCGCAGUCGCCAUUUUUUAGUUAGCUCUUUCCGGUUUAUAUCUUGUACAAGAUGCCGUCUGUUACGCUUAAAGACGUAGAUCAACACAAAUUUGUGAAAGCUUUCGCAGCUUUCCUCAAAAAGACAGGUAAAAUGCGUGUCCCUGAAUGGGUUGAUAUCGUUAAAUCAGCUCGAUUCAAGGAAUUGGCACCUUAUGAUCCUGAUUGGUACUACAUCAGGUGUGCUGCUCUUGUAAGGCAUAUUUACAUCAGGAGUCCCAUUGGAGUUGGUGCUGUAACAAAAAUUUUCGGUGGAAGAAAACGAAAUGGUACACAUCCAAGUCAUUUCUGUAGAUCUGCUGGUGGAGUUGCUCGCAAAGCUCUUCAGAGUUUGGAGCAAUUGAAACUUAUUGAAAAAACUUCAGUUGGAGGACGUAGACUUACGAGCCAGGGUCGUCGUGAUUUGGAUAGGAUUGCAGCACAGAUAAAAGCAAAUAGUAAAAAACAAAUGAAACUCCAAGAAACUCUUGUCCUCUAAAUUUGUAUUUCAAUAAUAAACAUUACAAAAAUUUAAA